AUGAGUGUUUUUAUCUUAGGAUACUUGAAAACUGUGGACGAGAACUUCAAAGAGACCUAUCAAGCUGCUUGCCGUGCCAGAGGUUUACUAGAAAACGAUGACCAUUGGGAAAAUACUCGACGAGAAGCAUCGCUUUUGCAAUGUCCAAUACAACUAAGAGAGUUAUUUGUGGUCAUACAUUUAUUUUGUCAGCCAUCGGAGCCAUUCAAAUUGUGGGACAGUUUCAAAGAUGAUUUGUGUGAAGAUGUUAGACACAGAAUCAGACAGGAAAAUCAAGACUUCGCGUUACCAUACAAUGAGAAUAUUUAUAAUGAAGAAAACAAUGUUGCAGAUACAAUGGCACAUCACUACGAUACAAAUGAUUUGACCGCUUUCGUCAAUGAAAACCUACCAAAAUUAGUCCCAGAUCAAAAACAUGCUUUUGAGACUAUAGUCGACAGCGUGAAUAAUGACAAACGAAAAAUAUUUUUCUUAGAUGCGCCAGGCGGAACAGGAAAGACGUUUCUUACUAAUUUGAUACUUGCUAAGGUCAGAGAAUCAGGGAAGAUAGCAAUAGCAGUUGCUUCCUUAGAAAUUGCUGAAACUCUCUUGAGAGGUGGCAAAACUGCUCAUUCUACUUUUAAACUUCCGCUAUCUGUAAAUCUUGAGCAACAAUCCACAUGUUCUAUCCGCAAAAGCGGGCCUCUAGGUAAAUUACUACAAGACACCUCAUUAUUUAUGUGGGACGAAUGCACGAUGAGCCAUAGAGCACAUAUAGAGGCCGUGAGCAGAACCUUAAAACACCUCAGGAACUCCUCUGCAGUCAUGGGCGGGAUUACAUUUGUAUUUGCUGGAGAUUUCCGACAGACUCUCCCCGUUAUUAACAGAGUAUACCCUGAUAAUGAGAAUUUGCACGAAAAAGACUUUCAUUGGUUGGUCUCUAGGGCAAUAGUGUCACCAAAGAAUGAUACUGUCAACGAAAUAAACAAUCUUAUCGUUCAAAAAGUCAGCGGUCAGAUAAAAAAAUACAAGUCGAUAGACACUGUAACUAAUAUUGAAGAUACAGUUCAUUAUCCACAGGAAUUUUUGAAUUCCUUGAACCCUUCUGGAUUACCACCACACGAAUUGACUUUAAAAAUUGGAAUUCCAAUCAUGCUUUUGAGAAAUUUAAGCCCUCCAAACAUGUGCAAUGGGACGAGGUUGCUUAUUAAGGAGUUAAAGGAAAAUUUAAUUGUAGCAGCUAUUAUGACCGGUCCAGCAGCUGGUCAACUAGCUCAUAUACCGAGGAUACCGAUAAUCCCAACUGAUUUACCAAUCCCCAUUAAACGGCUUCAAGUUCCGAAAUGUUUUACUCAUGGUCAAUUAUACGUUGGCCUAUGGCGGGUUGGAGCCCCUGAAAAUCAAUUUAUUUUGCUGCCACAAAAUAAAACCACAUCAAAUAUUGUUUACAGGGAGGCUCUUACAGGCUAUUAA